AUGAGGGAUCUUCGCCGCUCGAUGGAGGAAGUCAUGGAAAGGGCCAGGAGUCAUGGGCUUCAUAUCCCUUCUCCGCGCAUUGGGGGAACGUUGGCUAAUAGACACUAUGAGGGGUGGGGCAGAACCUCAGCCACAUUGGGUUCGCCAAAUAUAGGCAUCGUCAUUGACCCCAGGAUUGGCGUGUGUACAAAGAUAUCUAUGACAUAA